CCGCAACCAUGUCUGACAAGCCCGAUAUGGCUGAGAUCGAGAAAUUCGAUAAGUCGAAAUUGAAGAAGACAGAAACGCAAGAGAAAAAU